UUUGAAUUUGCGUCAAUUCCCUCCUCAUAUGCCCUGAAUUUGUUGUCAGCAAUACAUGAGACAUGUUUUAGACAUUUAAUAUGAAUAGCGCUAUGAAUAGUGUAUUGCCGUCGCCUCAGGAGUUGAUGAGAUUCUGUCAGACCAUUGCAACUGAUAAACGUCUCAAAGUGUCUAAACUUAAACACAAGAAGACAUCUACGGUCACGACUGACGCCAAGAGUGGCAAACAAGAGCCCAACGACGACAUUAAGAAUUACGUUGAAAACACAAUGAAUGAGUUGUUGGGUUGGUAUGGGUUGGAAAAACUCAACUCAAGAGACACUAAAGACUUAAAUCUCAAACAUUUUACGUCAAAUAACAAAAAGUUGGACUCAAAGAAUACAUGUCUUUCAGCCAACACAAGUCGUACAUCGUUUCCAACCAAAUCCAAKGAUAACAAAGAAGAAAAUCGUCGCUCAUUAUCACCAUUUAGUGGAUCAGAUAAUGAAAGUAUUAGAKUGGAUACCAGUAUUGGUGAUAGCAUUUGUCGAUCGGCAUCACCACCAUUGACCGUUACAACUGAAUCUAAUAACAGUGACAAUGGAUUGGAAAACAAAGAUAAUUUAGAAGACAACCAAAACAUACCUCCCGGUUAUAUAGUAUGCGCCUGGUGUGCAAAAGUUGGUAUGAAAUUAUUUACAUUAAAAAGCAGUACCGGUUCUAAAGCUUUUUGCAGUGAAUUAUGUUUUACUCAAUGUAGAAGAGCUUCAUUUAAGAAAAAUAAGAUAUGUGAUUGGUGCAAACAUGUCAGACAUACUGUUAAUUAUGUGGACUUUCAAGACGGUGAACAACAGUUACAGUUUUGCAGCAAUAAGUGCUUAAAUCAAUACAAAAUGAAUAUUUUCUGCAACGAAGCCAAAGCACAUCUCACACAACUGAGCUCUGGUAUGCUUAAAGAAGUGGAAAAAUUAGUCCCAAUAUCAUCCAAACAGUCAUCAAAUUUAAUAACACCYGAACUAUGGUUAAAAGAUAGCAAAAAUGUAGAAAAUGGCAACAACUCUGGCGUUUCUUUUAUGGAUAGUUCUGACUCUGAGUUGGAUCUGGAGUUUGAAGAAUCGCAGACACCUAACGAUGAAUCUGUUAAAAGAAAAUUUUCAGAGUUUUCUAAAGACAGUGAAUAUAAACCAAAUGACAAACUAAAAGAUGAUUUAAGAAAUAAAGAAAAGCAAUACAAAGAUUCAAAACGUGUUAAGUAUUCGCACAACAAGUCAUCAAAAAAUAGUCGUAUCAUUACAUCAACCGGUGCUAAGAAUUUAAAUACUAAACAUUCGAGUUCUGAGUUAAUUAGUCCGACAACUGAUUGGUUAUCUUGUGAACCAAAAGACAAGAUAUCGAGUUUACAUUCGCCUAACUUUAGAGCCCAUAGACAUUCACCGGUUCCUUCAUCGUCAUCAACAAUAAGAUCAUCAAUGGUUGCAUCAAAUAAUAACAUUCCUAUUUUAUACAAUAACGCCAAUAAUCCAGUUCCACACAGUCCUGUGGUGAUACCUAAUGGCUCUCCGACGAGUCAACUUUAUCCGAGAUUUCCCAGUAAUAUUGGUAGGGCUGAGCAUACAAUCCGGGCUCCAAUUAUGCCUUCACCAACAUUUACACCAAGAGCUCCUCCAACAUUACCAAAUCUAUUAGGACCGACACAACUGGAUAUGUUUUUAAGAAUGCAAUCCAAUUUUCCAGGACUGCGACCACCAUUUCCACCAUUUAUGAUACCACAUCCACCCGUUCCCCAAGCAUUUGCUGGUUUACCACCCAUUAAUGGAUUUCCUCCGACAAACAGUUCUCCACUAAUACAACCAUCAGUUCCUCAUCCAGUAUCACAAAUGUAUUCACAUUCAUCAUUGCUUCCACCCGUCACUAUAAUGGUUCCAUAUCCAGUACCAAUACCUAUACCACUGCCAAUACCGAUACCUUUGUUAUUUCCGGUGGAUAAGUCAUCUAAUAAUAAUUUUAAAGAGUCCGAUAAUAAUUCAAAUAUUAAUUCAAGUAAUGCACAGACAAAUACAUUGCAUAAACCAAUUGACAGUACAAAUAAUACAAUUGCGACAACUGUCACAACUUCAGUCAAUAAAGUGGAAUCAGUUAUUUCAAAAUUGGUUGAAAAGAAAGCCAGAAUUGGCACAAAUUCAACAAUAAUUUUAGACAAUAUCGAUGAACAUUGUCUAGAUUUAAGUCGAUAUAAGAGCGAUAACAUCAAUAAUAACAUCAAUUUUAUCGAUACAGAUAUAAAUGAUAACAACAGCAAUGAGUCUGUACCACAAAAUUUGAUAAUUUCUCACCAACAGUGACACUGAUAAUUAGUUUYAGUGGCACUUUUUUAAAUGAUUUAAAUAUUUGCCUAAUGUUAUACUUU